AUGAACUCGACGCUGUUGGACGAGAAACUGUCGAGGGAGGAUAAGCCGUGGUUGAAAGAAAAGGAUACGAGGGGACGGCUCAGUUGGUGGGCGGUGCUUUUGUGUUUGAUUCUGGGGUUGGGGAUCAGUGGGGUUAUUAUUUGGAGGGGCUGGGUUGCCGCUGGGGAGGAGAUGAUUCCGGAUAGUCAGCUUUGUUCGGUUUUUUCGGAUGACUUUUCGAGUUUGGAUGUCGACUCGGGAGGGACGUGGGCGAGGGACGUCGAGCUUGGUGGAUUCGGGAACGGAGUCUUCCAAAUGGCGACCGCCUCCGACUCGAACCUCUACCUCAAAAACAACCAACUCUACAUAAUGCCAACCCUCACCUCGGACUCCAUCGGCUCCGACUCCGUCUUCGACGGCUACACCUUCGAUCUCGGCGACGCCUGUACCACGGACAACACCACCGCCUGUUCCGUCACGUCCGAUUCGUCGACGGACACGGUGGUGCAGCCCGUGCAGAGCGCGAGGAUUACCACGAAAAGCAGUUAUAGUAUUAAGUAUGGGAAGGUGACGGUGAAGGCGAAGUUGCCGUUGGGGGAUUGGUUGUGGCCUAGUAUUACGAUGUUGCCGGUUGAGAAUGUUUAUGGGGAUGGGUAUUUGAGUGGGCAGAUCGAUAUCAUGCAAGCCCGCGGCAACGGACCCUCCUACACCGCCCAAGGCUCAAACUACGUCCGCUCCAUCCUCACCUACGGACCGCUCUCGAACCUGCUCGCGAAGAGCUACGGGUGGCAGAACGUGAAACAGACAAGCUACGAUCAGGGCUUUCAUACGUAUACGAUCGAGUGGACGGAGAAUUUUAUUAAGAGUUAUGUGGAUUCGAGGUUGACUGCUAUGUUGGCGCUUAAGGUUUGCAGCGGCGGCAAAUCGUUCUGGGAACGCGGCGAUUUCCCGACGACGGCGACGAAUGGGACGAGCGGGAUCGAGGUCGUGGUGCAGGAUAUUUGGAGCAAUGGGACGAAUGCGGCGCCGUUUGAUCAGAACUUCUACCUCGUCCUCGACCUCGCCGUCGGCGGCACGACGGGCUGGUUCCCAGACGCGACGGGCGACAAGCCCUGGUACGAUUCGUCCAUCACGGCCAUGACGGAUUUCGCGGAGCAGCAGAGCACGUGGAGCGCGACGUGGAGCGACGAUGAUGAUUCGAGGGCGUUUAGGAUCGCUAGUGUGGAUAUGUGGAGUUUGUGUUAG